AUGUCUCUCCAAGGCAAAAACGCUGUUGUUUUUGGUGGAUGUGGAGGAAUCGGGUUUGCCAUUUGUCAGCAUCUACUCAAGGAAGGUGUUCAGAAACUAUGUGUACUGGAUGUUGUGGAACUAUCGGAGCACAACAGGGUCCUCUUGAAGGAUGUCAACGAGCAGGCCGAGAUUGUGUAUAAAAACUGCGACAUAUCCAAGCGUACGAUACUGCAGAAGACAUUGCAAGAAGAUGUUGUCGGUGCUUUGGGUUCGAUCGAUCUACUCGUCAAUUCAUCUGGAAUCGCUACUGCAGAUGUUUUGGACAGUGUGAUUGAUGUCAAUCUGACCGGCGUCAUUAAUGCUUGCCUCUUCACAUUGGAUGUCAUGUCUCGAGCAAAAGGAGGCAGAGGGGGUGUAAUUGUAAACGUGGCAUCCAUAGCAGGUUUGGAACCGAUUGCAUUUCUUCCUGUGUACUGCGCGUCCAAAUAUGGAGUAGUUGGGUUCACGCGUUCCCUAGGAGUGCCACCGAUCUAUGACGAAACAGGAGUGAAAUUUAUCACCGUCUGUCCUGGAGCAACACGAACAAGGUUGUUCGAGAAUUGUCGGUCCGUUUCAAUGAAAGUAGGUGCUUUGAAACAGAUGUUUCAAGACUACCUAACUCGUUUUGUGGCACAAAGCCCCGAUGCGGUUGGUGCUUGCGUAGUGCGUGCUAUUCGUGAAGGUGACAACGGCUCGGUGUGGAUUUGCAAUGAAGAGACAAGUACACCAUUCACCUUGCCCGCUUCACAGUUUUUGUAA